AUGAACGAAAGGGAGACCGAGGAGAUGGACGGCACCCCAACGUGGUGGCCGGCAGAAGAUUGUAGCUCCAAGUUGGCGAGAAGGACAUCUGAUCAAGAUAAAAGCAAUCCAGUGAUAUUACUUAACGCUCCCCAGCAUUUAUUCAAGACCAGCAUAAAACACGGAACAUCCUUCCCCAAGACGAUAAACAUCAACCGGAUCUUGUCACAGAGUUAUAUAUCGACGUUCCUUUUCGCGUUCCUUGGUCCUCGCAGGUGGUAUAGGAAGGGACGAAGGGACAGGGUCAAUAGUGAUGAGGUUAAUGCGCUGUUUGAUUGGGUGGGCUUGAUGGAUGACGUGAUGAUGGCGAAGAAAAAUGACUACGCCAGACGCGCAAAUGUUUCCACAUGCUCACAGGACUCUACAUCGUAUGGACGAACGCUUCCAAACUCGACAUCCUCUCCAACGACUAACCGUAUUCCUGCGAUGAAGCCGAUCUCGAGCACCACAUGUGCCACGCCUACCGAUCCGCCCCCCGCUGGCUCUCCUCUCCCUGAGACUACCUUCACCAUAACCUCCAUAUUCCAAUGCUACCGUCUUCUAGCUGUUUCUAAGAGAAAUCUGAGUGGUUCCGGAGAAGCGCGUUGUUCACUCAACACGGAACCUAAAUAUCUUGGAUGGAUGUCAACGAUGGCUAACUUAUGUAUCCUAUACUCCUGCAUCUGGACGACAACGGGAACCCUGGAUGAAAUCCACUCCAUCGACUUUGACCUGCGCCCAGUCAACCUCACAGCCGACGACUUAGCUCCCAGCGACAACCCCUCCAAAAUGUUGUCCUACAUCUGGAAGGCCUGUGAAAAUGGCUUCCUCGAUGAAGGAGAUGAUACGCAGAUUCUCCGACUCGCUUGCUGUCGAGGACAGGGACGGCGUCCACAACUGGAUGCUAUGCGUACGAGGUCGACCCUGACGGUCUGGGAUAUUGCGCGGACUAGUCGAGUGUGGCGGUAUCGUUGCAUGGUAUCUGCCCUCGCCGUCGACAUCCUUGGGAGACCGGCACGCGCGAGGCUUAAGCGACGUGCAGUACGACCGCUACAUCCAAGCCAUCUUCACCGCACACACCAUCCUAGCCCUCUGAAUGCGCCUCCAUCAACCUCUACGCUGCGCUCUCCCCGACCAGUCGUCUUUGCCCCGACCUCCACGUCUACGAUACCCCACCACUUCGAUGGCUCCGAGAAUGACAACACUGGAGCCUCUCGUAGAGAACGGCAGUAUGCAUCCAUUCACACAUUCGUGCCAUGGGAGGAGCAUGACAGCGGCAAAGCACCAAUCGCAGUCCUAUUCCCGGGUCAACUCAUGGCGGCGUGA